CCAUCCCGCCAGUGGAUGCCGUUUUCUCUUCCCCCGCGCGAGCCCACGGGGUGUCACUCCUCCGGGAUGACCUCAACUCCGGCCCGACUUUGCCGCCUCACACGCGCCCGACAUCCGCGGAGCCUGGCCGCUCGCUGGGACAGCACGAUGGGCACCGACCGAGACCCCUGAGAGGCUCCAGCUCGCCUGGAGCUGCGGCUGCCCGCGUCCCCCCGCGGAGGAAGCCAGCGACCGGCUGCAGCCAAGGCUCCCUUCCCUCAGCGCCCACCAGGGAGGCAAGGCAGGCAGGCAGGAUGUCCCCGGCGGGCUGGGAGGCCCUGGUGGCCCUGGCGGCGGUGGCCUGCCUGGCGGAGGGGGUGCGCGGCGGCUACGGCUUGAACAUGUUCGCCGUGCAGACGGCCCCGCAGCCGGAUCCCUGCUACGACGAAAACGGGCAGCCGAGGCGCUGCAUCCCGGACUUCGUCAACGCCGCCUUCGGCAAGGAGGUCAAGGUGUCGAGCACCUGCGGCCGCCCCCAGGCGCGCUACUGCGUGCUGGCCGAGAAGGGCGAGGAGCGGAGCCGCGCCUGCCACUCGUGCGACGCCGCCGACCCCAAGCGCGCCCACCCGGCCUCCUACCUGACCGACCUCAACAACCCGCACAACCUGACCUGCUGGCAGUCGGAGAGCUUCGUGCAGCACCCGCUCAACGUGACGCUGGCGCUGGCGCUGGGCAAGAAGUUCGAGGUGACCUACGUCAGCCUGCAGUUCUGCUCGCCCCGGCCGGAGUCCAUGGCCAUCGCCAAGUCCAUGGACGGCGGCAAGAGUUGGGUGCCCUUCCAGUUCUACUCCACCCAGUGCCGCAAGAUGUACAACAAGCCCAACCGCGCCGCCAUCACCAAGCAGAACGAGCAGGAGGCCAUCUGCACCGACUCGCACACCGACAUGCGGCCCCUGAGCGGCGGGCUCAUCGCCUUCAGCACCCUCGACGGCCGGCCCUCGGCCCACGACUUCGACAACUCGCCCGUCCUGCAGGACUGGGUCACGGCCACCGACAUCAAGGUGGUCUUCAGCCGCCUCCACACCUUCGGCGACGAGAACGAGGACGACUCCGAGCUGGCCCGCGACUCCUACUACUACGCCGUCUCCGACCUGCAGGUGGGCGGCCGCUGCAAGUGCAACGGGCACGCCUCCCGCUGCGUCCGCGACCGCGACGACCACCUGGUCUGCGACUGCAAGCACAACACGGCCGGGCCCGAGUGCGACCGCUGCAAGCCUUUCCACUACGACAGGCCUUGGCAGAGGGCCACCGCUCGCGAAGCCAACGAGUGCGUCGCUUGUAACUGUAACCUGCAUGCCAGAAGGUGUCGUUUUAACAUGGAACUCUACAAAUUAUCUGGUCGUAAGAGUGGGGGUGUUUGCCUUAAUUGCCGACACAACACAGCUGGUCGUCACUGCCACUAUUGCAAAGAAGGCUACUAUCGGGAUAUGACCAAACCCAUCACGCACAGGAAAGCAUGCAAAGCAUGUGAUUGCCAUCCCGUGGGUGCAGCUGGAAAAACCUGUAAUCAAACUACAGGGCAAUGUCCCUGCAAAGAUGGUGUGACGGGCAUCACUUGUAACCGAUGUGCCAAAGGCUACCAGCAAAGCAGAUCUCCCAUUGCCCCCUGCAUAAAGAUUCCUGUUGUUCCUCCUACCACUGUGGCCAGCAGCACAGAAAAACCUGCAGACUGUGACACCUACUGCAAGGCAUCCAAAGGAAAGUUGAAGAUAAACAUGAAGAAGUAUUGCAAGAAAGAUUAUGCUGUCCAGAUCCACAUCCUGAAAGCAGAGAAAGCUGCAGAAUGGUGGAAGUUCACAGUCAACAUCAUCUCUGUUUACAAGCAAGGGGUGAAUAGGAUCCGGCGCGGUGACCAGAUCCUCUGGAUACGCUCCAAGGACAUUGCCUGCAAGUGUCCCAAGAUCAAGCCUAUGAAGAAAUAUUUGUUACUGGGCCAUGAUGAGAACUCUCCAGAUCAGAAUGGCAUUGUAGCCGACAAAAGCAGCCUUGUGAUACAGUGGAGGGACACAUGGGCCAGGCGACUGAGGAAGUUCCAGCAACGAGAAAAGAAGGGGAAAUGCAAGAAAGCCUAGAGGGGAGAUCAGAGACAAGAAAAGACUGCACAUCCUUUCGUGUCCGAGUCAGAGCAGAUGAGGUGGGAUUAGGGACACUGGCAAGAAGCUCACUUUGCAAUUUAUAUGCAACUGGGUGGGGAGGACAAGUGAGGAAUUAAUAGCCCGUGAGUUAUGCCCAUUUUGACCCUCAUAAAUACAAAACCCACACAAAAACUAGUGAGAAAACUAAUUGUAAAUCCCUACUCACCAUAGUAACAAAUAUUAGAUCAGUUACUACUUCCCGUUCUCCCAUUUGAUUUCCUUUUUUUUCACAUUUUUCUCAAAUCAUUUUGGUCUGAAGGAUGAUGAACUGCCUUAAAUUCACCACAUUAACUACUUCUCAAUUCCAAACAUAAGAACCAACCAGCUUGUCAUUGAAAAGAAUGAUACUGUUCAGAAACUAUCCUCUUAUAUUUCUUCACUUGCAGAUUGGUCUUGGUGGAAUAGACGAAAGGGAUUGUUGGUUAAAAAUUGAUCGUGGGGCUAUAACUGCAUAAUAGUCUGCUGGAUGGUUCUUCUAUCAUCUGUUACACAGCAACUUACAGGACAUAUGAGAUUGCUUGUGCAAUCUGACAUACUAGCCAUUGUAAAUGAGAGCAGUCACAGAUGUGUGAAACGUACACUAAAUUCUUAUUGCUCAUGUCAAAAAGGCAACUUAUUCCUAAAGAAAGGAAGAUGAAGAAUUGUGAAGAAGGAUGCAUUUAUGGAACAGUUGAAUAAUGAGUAGGCAAUGCGUAGAAGAACACUAGUCAACACUCAGCUAAAAGAAGGGUCCAAUUACUAGACCUGGCUUUUUAGAAAAACCUCUUGCACUGCUGAAUUUGUGAACGCAACUCCAGCAAGAGAGUUUAUUUUUCUUUCUAAAUUCAUCAAAACAUGAAACAGAUGUUAUCUCAAAAAUAAUAACUGCUUUAUAAAUAAUCAGUAUUCAUCUCAAUUGCAUAAAGCAAAAGUUACACAGGACAGAUCCUAUAUUGAUUUUUCUCUUGAGAUAACACUGUGUUAAUACUUCAGCUCCCAGACCAUGGAAGCUUGCAUUAGGAAAGUGUGCAAUGAAAUUCCAUCUCUCCACAUUAGUGUGUCUCAAUUGCGGUCAUUAAUAUCUCAUGUAAGAGUCCAACAAUGCUGCUCUCUAUCAAGCGUGUUUCUGCAGAUAAUCUUAUGAGCUGGCUGAAUUUGUCAAGAUUUGUAUCUUACCUAUAUGCAUGGAUGAAGAGAAGGGGAAAAAAUCAAAAAAGUUUUACUAUGGCUUAUAAAGAUGAAAAAGAGUCAUAGCUGAUCAAUCCUUUUGUUUUAAAGAGCUUCUUAUAUGUACCUUUAAUUUCUUACUUGUAAAUUUUGGUACUGACUAUAAUUUAGAAUGAGGGAAUCAUUCUACCCUAUUUCCUCUACAAAAAUUCUCUGCACUUCCUUAAACAGAAAAGUUGGCAAUGGGCUUUCUCUUCCAUAUUGAAGUUCACCAGAAGCGAGUUUUCUGUUCAUACAAUCUCCACUUCUCCUGCAAGCAAACCAGGAAGGCUGUCUGGAUAGGCGUAAACUCAGGGAUGCUUGACCUGCAAAGCUCAAACUUCCCCAAGAUGUUGCUCCUUAGGAAACUUGGAAGCAUUUUCUUAAUGAAAUUUUCCAGUGAUUUUGCCUUGUUUUAUAGUAAUUGACAAUACUUAUAUUUAUGUUACAUAAACUAUCAUAAAAUUAACUUCAGCACAAAUAAGUGUAAAAUGGCCAGAUGCCAGCGAAGUGGAUGGUGGGGGGGGGGGGGUUUAAGAGAAAUUGUUCCUGGGAAAGAGGAGAAUAGGCUGACUUAGUUGCUUUGCACACUCGCAGAAACUUCUGGACUCUCCCUUUUUUCCAUCAGCUGAAUUUUUGACAGAAAAAUGCAUAGACCAUUCUCUCAGCAUUGGUGUCUGUGUCAGCAGAGAUUUCAUCAGUUCUGAUUUUGAAUCCAGAAGGAAUUUUAUAUACCUUUCGGGAAAGUCCAAAAAUGGCUUAGUCUAUAAAACUAUAGGAAUGAAAGUAAAUCUCAGCCUUACAUUUUAGAAUACCAACUGAGAAGGGAGUUUACAUUGUGGGUAUUUCUCUCCAUAAUAUAUGGCUGUGAUUUCCCUUCUGAAUUCUGUUCCUAGCAAGAAAUGUUACACAUUGGGUAAUAUUAGAAAGUAACAUCCUUCCAUCUUUGAUACAGCCCAUUUUACCAACUCAUCAUGAUACACAUGGAGAUCAGUCUGUGCAUUCCAAAAGUUGCUUCUCUUAGAAAAUAGCAGCUUUCAAACAUUUUAUAAUUUCCAACCUUGAUUUAUCUGCUAGGGGACGUUCAUGAUAAUAGAGGCCCCUUAUGUGUAGUUUAGCUGGGGCUUUUUGUAUUAACCUCAGUAAAACUUCUCAACUUUCUACUCUCAGCUUGCUCAUCAUAUGGAAAUACUAUCCAGCAUAUUUGAGCAUGUCAAAAUUAACUUUCCAGAUCAUUGAAGUAUUCAUUAGAAUGCCAGCUGAAAUCCUGUUAUUUUUGCUCAAACUCUUGCCUUAGGCUUAUAAAAUUAAUGUAUGCAUUCAUAUAUAUACUAUACAUAUACAGAUAUAGGCACACACAAACAAUGUAGUUACAAUCAGAAAACUAAGGAAUAUUGGUAAAAGCAAGCUGGAUAUUUCUAAUGUGUGCAAAGACACCAUUUCAGACACACAGAAGAUAUGACUGGCAACUCUACAUCACUCGGCAAGAUUUAAAAGUAACCUUAACCUUAAACAUUAUUACAGAAAAUGGCAAGCUGUUGUCAAAACUACAGAAAUGUGAUAUUGAAAGCUUUGAUGGAAUAACAAAAAAGGCUAAAUACUGUUCUCGGAGAUGCACACUGCCUUCAAGAAUUGACAAUAGUUUCUUAAUAGAGGUUUGAACUAAUUAAAAUUGGUUUCAUUUUGGUUUAUUUUUCAUGUAAAGUAUCUCUAUAGCUCUAGUUUUUUCAGGUUGAGUUCUCUGAAAGAAUCAACCGCCUCUAGAUCCACUUUAUGAGAAACGCAAUAUAAUCAGUAUCUACUACUGAAGUUCUUCAAAGAAAGAACAGCACGCUUGUAGCUGCUGAGCACUUUAUACCCACCCCACCAAAUCUAGCCAAGAUCAACAGAUUGAUUUCCAGUUGUUUUUAGCAGCCAAAGCAGAGAACCCAAAGCCAGUGAUACCAAGCUUUUACUCUGGCACAAAAUAACAGAAGAUCCACUAUCCAGACAGCAAUGUGGAAAUGAAUAGAAAAAAAUAAGUAAAAGAAGACGCAUUUAAUUAUAUCCAAUAUAUAUUUUACUAAGAAACACAAAGUUGUUUCCAUGGUGACCCACUUUCCUGUGGGUCAUGUCCUAGGAAAAACGCUAUGCUGCUUUGCAUUGGAUUUUGUUUAUCUAGGAUGUAUGAAAACAAGGUAUCUAUUUAGAGUCAAAUUGCAUUAGCAGUAGUGAUGAGGUAUCUUUCCCCAUUUAGUAGUUUGUUGUUGUUUUUUCAAAAUACUUGGGCCAUUUGCUCAUUCAGAUUUUUUUUUUUUUUUGCUUUUUUGGCUUUUUUUUUUUUUUUUUGCUUUUAGUAUGACCAUUUAUUUUUCAUUCAGAUUGUGCUGAUUAAAGACAGGUCAGGACUUUACAGAAGUCUUGAUUUGUUGUUGUUUUUAAAUAAUUCUUUGGCAUUGUGAGGUAGCCCACAAAACUAUAACAGCACUAGGGUGAACUGUGAACAAAGCAUAAGGCUGGAGUGAGAGAGAGAGAGAUUACUAACAGUAUACAAAGUUUAACCACAUCACAGAUUUUCAGGAUCAUUAAUAGUUAUUACAUUCAAGAAAAAACUCAGAAAUAUCAAUUAUGUCACAAGCUAUGUAUUUCCAUGAAUUCCUAAAAGACAAUUUUGGUGGUCUUGUGCAUUGCUUUGUCUGAUCUGCUUGUAAUGUUUAGGAUUUCAUGAAAUUCCUUUAGAAAUUGUUCCUCAAUUUUCAUGUAAUGUGUUGGGCAGUUUGAUGCAAUGAUUUUGUGUGCAUUUCAAGACAAGAUGGGGGAGGGGAGGCAGGCCUGGCCUAUAAUCAUCACCUCAAAAGAAAGUAAAUUUAUCUUAAUUUACAAAUGGGUAAUCUCUUAGAUUAACAAGGUGUUUUCUUGGUAAAAUGUUCUUAUGACAGUGCCUUUGUUGCCAAGUCCAUGAUCUUGACGACAAAGCAGCAAACAUUACUAUAAUCCUAUACAGAAAUGUGGGAGGCAAUUUGUGUUUGCUUUUUUAAAUAUUGAUAACCACUAUGUAUAAUCAUUCAACAUGAUUACAAAACAUAUAUGUUCAUGGUGUCUAAUCUCUUUCAGAGAGUUGAAAAAAGUCUUAUUUUCUCUAACACAAAUAUUCUGAAAAGCUGUGAAAUGUGAUAGUUGCAUCAACUAGCAAAUGGAGAAGUACAAAAAAAAAAUCAAGGCUGAUUGUAGAAUUAGUACAAAAUGUAAAAUAGCUAGAGUGCAGAAUCUAUAUAUUAAUCAAAAAUAUAAUACUCUAGAAAAUAUUAUAACAAUACCGAUUCUGCCCACAGUAGUAAAAAAAAGUAUCUUUUUGUUUGUUCAAUAGUGUCUAUCUUGACAUGAUUAAGGGCUUGUUCUGUACUUCUAUAAACAGUAAAUAUAGCUUUGUAUACAUAACUAUACUUCCUUAUAUUUAACAGACCAUUUCAGCUUCAAAUAAAGAAAAACACCGAAAAGAAUAAAAUAAAAUCCAUUGCAAUAUUUUAGGCCACUUAUUGGUAGAGGCAUAAUUCUCACCACAUAAUCAUAUGUUCUCAGGAGACAGCAUAUAACCAAGGUCAUCUACAUUUUCAGCUGGUAAUUUUAUUUGAAGGCCAACAGUUAGGCAAAAGGAAACUCUUAAUGCAACUGAAGUUUAUAGGCUGAGCACAGAGCAAGAGUGCUCUAUCAAAUGCAAUGGCUUAAAUAGCCGGAAAGCUUCCUAAACUCCUGCUAAAAUAAUGCAACCUUGCAUUGUUUAAGACAACUUUGCAACUUUAAGACACAAAUUUUAAUUAUAAGAAAAUCAUCUUAUUUUUCUGGAUGGCAAAAGUAUCACUAGCACACAUACAGUGAGAUAUACUAUCUGCAGUAGAACCAAUUGGUGCCUUACACCUUUUUUAAAAGAGUGGCAGGAGAGGGUUAUAAAGACUACUGAUAUAAUCUCUAAUCUUGAGGCACUCUUGAGAAUAUUCCAAGCUCUACAUUAACAAAUGGAACGCAACACAAACCAUUCUAAGAAGCAACUGAAAUGUUCAGACACAAGUAAUACAACUUUGUUCCCCUUGUUCCAUGGUACACUGUAUGUUUGUUCCCUUGAUCGCCUUAACUCCCCCCCCCCAUUAUACAGGGAUAAUACUCCUCUGUUCCUAUUAUUCCUGUUAAUAAUUAUGAAUUGUAAAUGUUGCUUAGUUAUGACCUUUGCAUAUAGAUUUGCGACAAUGUUUCUUUACAAUACAUACUAAUAUAUUAUGGUUUUAUAUAUAUAUGAAUAUAUUUAAUGACAUGUGGGGAAAAAAGUUGUGGAUGUUCUUAUUUACCCACCCUUCAUUUACCUUCAUUUGUUAGAUGGGAUCAUAUAAUGAACCAGAUGGAGCAUGUAACAGUGCAGAAUCCACUUGAUAAGACUAAAUCCAGACAACUGUCAAAUAAACUAUUAUAAACUUCUACUCAUGGCAGUUUCUUCUGUUGCAUCAGAAUGAACAAAGCAACACUUCCUUUUCAGCUUCAAGGGAACAUGAGCUCCUCUUCUGAAAACAGCCAGUCAAUUAUUAACUUGCAACUGGUUCCUUUAAUUAGAUGAGAAGCAGAGAUUCUAUUAUCCAAACUGUGCCAAACUCUCUGUGGUAACUCCAAUAUAUACUGUAUAAACGAUGUGUCUGCACAAUUUCAUUUGGAUUUAUCUGUUCAUCCAAUACACAUUUUAAGUUUAAAAACACUAUUUAUUUGACCUGAAAAAAGAGUUAGCUCAAUCUUCAUAUGACAGAUAGGCCAGUUGGUAUUAGCUGGGUGCCGCAUUUCCCAAUUCUGCACGCAAAUAUCCAGAAAGUCUUUAGCUCAAAAUUCAUUUCAACACAAGAGAUUCAGCUGCUUUUCUCUCAGCUUGGCUAAAUUUACUGCAUUGUUAUAAAAAUGAAUAUAAAAUAUGGGAAGGUGUGAAAAUAUCUAAAAGCUUUCCAUAUGUAAUUUCAAGAACCAAUCAUUUUAAAAAUUUUAUAAAAAAAUCUAUCAUGCUACCAGUAUUAGAAAAAUAUUCCACCAUAAAAUGCAUUAUUUCUUUUCACAGCAAGGAGAUAGUUUUAAAUAUCUUUCUCCAAGGAGAACUAUCACUUGGGAAAAUAGCAUUAAUCAAUUUUAGCUGAAGAUCGGGGGAUAAGCCAAUCUUUUCUGUGCUUGAUUUACCUAAAAGCUAUCAAGUCUCUCUGAUCCCUUUUUGCUCCAAAUGAAUUCAUAAAUACAGAAAAAAAACCAACUUGUUCCAGCUUCAAAAGCGUAUUUCUCCAGUAAUAGUGAAAACCUAAACUGAAGUGACCAGAAUUCUUCAGUGGAAAAGUGAUCCUCUUACCUUUCAGUAAAAAGGAAGCUGCUCCCUCUGACUCUUAUUUUUCACCACAGAGUUGGAAAGACCUCAUUAAGUCACCUAGUUUAAUCCUUUGGCUCAGUGAAGGAUCUGCUAAAUAAUUGGGACAACUCAAGAUUCAGUUUGAAGACUUCUGUUGAAGGGGAACUAUACGUCUACACAAAGCAACCAAUGGCAUUAGUUGGGAGUUCUGACCAUCAGGAAAUUCCUUUUAUAUACAAGCUGAAUCUAUAUCCCUGCAACUUCUAUCCAUUGGUUCUGGCCUUGACUUACAGAUAAAUAAGUCUGCUCCUUUCCCUUCUCAAUUCUGCCAGUACUACAGACUAGUAUCACAUGACCCCCUCGGUCUUCUGCAGGUUACACAGACCCAGAUCCCUUAAAUGUUCCUCAAGGGACUUAGUUUUCUUUGGAGUCUCCUCUGAAUUCAAUGCAGUUUGUCAUGGACAUACUUUUGCAAGUGGAGAAUGACCAAGAAGAGUAGUGUGAGCAGAUUAUUUCCUGGGAACUAGACUCUAUUGCUGGUAUUAAUAUAUCCCAAAAUAGAAUUUUCCUUUUUUUAAGCAAAUUCAGUUGUAAUGUAUAGUUAUAUUGCUCUAAUCGAUAUCACCAAGUACAUCCAUGUUUAUGGAUAUUCUCAAUCAUCCAGGUCAUGAAAAGUCCAGUUGCCUUUUGAAAAGCACCUUUGGGAUAUCCAUGUCUAAUACAAUUAAUUAUAUUAUGAUCGUUUGCAUUUUUGUUUGUACAAUUGAAAGACAACUUCUUGUGAUGGGUCCCCUAUGGUAAAAACCUCUGGCAACAGAAAAAGUAGCCUUUGAUACCAGUUGGUCAAACAUUUCAUUUGCAGAUUUUUAUCCUAUCUUUCUAAUUAAUAUAUUGAUUUGUGUGUGUUUUUAAAUUGAACCUUUAUCAUAUUCAAUAAUGGCUCUUCAAUUCUAUUCAGUCAAACAUGAGGAAGACCAAUUACUCUGAAACACUAAAUAACACUUUAAAAAAGUCUAUUAAAGAGUUUCAGAUAUUUACUGGAGAUGUAGAUAAGGCUCUUAAUAUAGUUUUCUUCUGAAAUCUUCAGAUCUCUUAGCACAUUUUCUCAAAUCUGAAUUAUCCAACAUAUAUCAAUGCUACAUGGGCUAGAAUGUCAUUAAUCCUAGAUAUCCAAGAACACAGAUAAAGGCUUUAAAUAUUCCCGGCAGGAAAGGGUACAAAAUAAAGUAAAAUGCAAGAUAAGAAAAGAAAUCCUAUAGAUCUAAAAUGGCUUCUAUUCAGUCUUACUGCCUUACUAUCCAUUAUGUCAAUAUAUACAUAGCAAAAAUAACAAUAUCUGGACAUGGAUUAAGACUGGGGUUUAAUCCAGUGUUGCAUAAAUAAAAAGAUGUUGAUGCAACAGGAUGUCUCCCUUGCAGCCCUCAUAAUUCUCCAAAAUGCGCUCUGCUAAUCCUUCAGUGUAGAUUUUGAGUAUUCAGGGAAAGUUACAGAGAGAAGGAAAGUCAUUUUCCUGACAAUUCUGCUAAGAGAAUCAUUUUCAUUUACUUUCAGAACAGAUAUAGAAAAAAAAAA